AUGGGUCUCCCAUCUCCCGUACGGGAAUAUGCCGAGUCAGUCCCCCAGUAUGACAGCAGCGACAAUGAUAGCCUGAAAUAUACCACCGAAGUCGGUGGGAACACCUCCAAGGCCACAUACCAAGAGGCAUCGGGAGCGCCCGUUGAGGUUAAUUCCCCGCUGGGGUAUUCGGUCGGUUGGGUUACUGUGAUUUUCUUGAAUUUGAGUAAGAUGAUCGGGACGGGAGUCUUUUCAACGCCAUCGACUGUCCUCAAGGGUGCCGGCUCGGUUGGUCUUUCGCUGAUCUAUUGGGUCAUUGGAUAUUUGAUGGCAUCAAGCUCUCUAUCUGUCUACAUGGAAUUCGCAUCGUCUUUCCCCAGUCGGUCUGGUUCGGAGGUUGUCUACUUGGAACAGUCUUAUCCCCGACCCAAGUACUUCUUCCCUACUGUCUUUGCGAUGCAGACGGUGCUUUUCUCGUUUAGCAGCAGCAAUGCCGUUGUACUGGCCCAGUAUCUCUUCAAACUGGCGGGUUCGGAAGUUACUCCAUGGAAGUUGAAGGGAGUCGCUGUGGCUUGCUAUACUGUCGCAGUACUGGUUCUAGCGUUUCAUACCAGAUGGUCUUUGAGGCUGGCAAAUGCCAUUGGGCUGGUCAAGCUCGUUACAUUGAUUUUCAUCGCGAUAACUGGCUUGGUGGUUCUUGGAGGCCAUACCUCAGUCAAAGACCCCAAAGCAAAUUUUAGGAAUGCCUUUGAGGGUACUAGCGGCGCGACAGCCUACGGAGCAACCAAUGCAUUGACCAAGGUCUGGUUCUCUUUUGCGGGCUAUGAGAAUGCUUUCAAUGUUGUCAAUGAAGUCCGGAAUCCCACUAAAACCUUGAAGUGGAGUGCUCCGCUCUCAUUGGGAGUAACGGCAGUUUUAUAUAUCCUGGCAAACAUUGCCUAUUUUAGCGCUGCGACUAAGGAGGAAAUUCUAAAGUCGAAAGUCGUUGCCGCUGGCGUUUUUUUCGAGAAGGUAUUUGGAACUGGUGGUGCGUCUAAGGCAUUGAAUUUCCUCAUUUGCAUGAGUGCUUUUGGAAAUCUCCUUGCCGUGCUUAUUGGACAGUCCCGUAUGCUGAGGGAAUGUGGAAGACAAGGUGUUUUGCCUUUCACUUCAUUUUGGACUUCAACGAGACCGUUUGGAACACCGCUCGGUCCCUACUUUGUGAAAUGGAGCUUCACGGUAAUAAUGAUCCUGGCGCCGCCUGCUGGUGAUGCAUUCAGUUUCGUCGUGGAUCUUGGAGUCUACGCAUCGAGUUUCUUUGGUUCGGUACUCACAAUAGGCCUAGUGGUCACACGAAUUCGUCGUGCGCGCCUCAAUCUCCCGCCACCGGACUACAAGGCCUGGCACGUUACAGUGGCAUUUGCAAUUCUUUCUAACCUAUAUAUGGUCGUGAUGCCGUGGUAUCCGCCCAGUACUGGGGCCAAUGGAGGCGAUGUGAGCUUCUGGUAUGCAACAUAUUGCGCGGUUGCUCUUGGAAUUAUCGGGCUUUGCGGAGUCUACUAUUAUGUCUGGAUCAAGCUUCUCCCUAGAAUCCAAGGAUUCAAGUGGGAGCAAACGGUUCUCAAAUUGGAUGAUGGUGCUCUGGCACAUCGGCUUGUCAGGGUGCCCAAGAGGAAUGCAUGA